UUUUGACGGAAACAAUACAUUAUACGUUGGGCUUGACCCAUAUUUGGCCCAUAUUUAUAAGCAUGCAUGACGCGAGUUAGCCUCGGAUCAAACUGGUAUCUCACCCGAGAAAACCGGCCCAGGUAAUUGUAACUAGAAUAAUUGUUGAUGAUGAGAAUAUGCCUUGGGAGUAAGAGAAGUUGAGGAAGAAGAUUCGUGAGUCAUUCGCAUCUCUCUUACUCUGAUUCUCUCUGCUUCAACUCGCUUCCUUCUCUCCCUCUCUCUCUUUAUAACAUUUUACUUCUCCAACAAUUCUUCUCGAGUUUUUACGACCAUUCCUCCAGAACAGAACAAGCAAGGCGAGCAAGUAGUUCGCUCUGCUGGCGUAUAAGAGAUUUUGAUUACAAGACACACUACUUCCUCAAGGGCGGCGUUAGGAAGCUUCCAUGAGCCUGCAAAAUGUAUCAAAGUCAAGCAAUGCCCUUGAGGGUAUCCAUGGGGUUCAUGUCGUGUCUCAUUCUCCCUUCUCGUUUGAGAAGACAACUCAAGUUGGUGACUUUCAGACCAACACCAAACCCUCUGUAAUGGAUUCAAAUCAGAGACUGUCCAUUGAACGUUUUUGGCAACAAAGACCUCCAUGCCUAAGGCCAAUCUGUUGCAGCAUUCGCGGUGACCAGAGUAUCUUAGAAACAGCUGCUAAUGUGGCUACUUCACUUCCUUUCAUAUUCCUCGGAAUGCAGGCACCAAGGAAGAAUCUGAACACAAAGGUUUACGCAAACUCCCUAAUUGGAGUUGGAAUUGCAUCGAGUUUGUAUCAUGCCUCUAGAGGGAAGUUGAGGAAGUACCUGAGAUGGGUAGAUUACACAAUGAUAGCCACAACAACAAUAUGUCUCUCAAGGGCUCUAAGGAAUGAGAACCCAAAGCUUCUGAUGGCUGCAUCAGCGUUAGUUCUACCAUUUCAGCCUCUCAUGGUCUCUGCAGUUCACACCGGAAUGAUGGAAGUCGCAUUUGCCAAAAGAAGCUUAAAGGAUCCAGACCUCAAAACAGCUCAUAACGUACACAAGAUGUCAUCAUUGCUAGGAGGUGCUCUGUUCAUAGCUGAUGAUUUCUUCCCCGAGACACCUUUCCUUCACGCUGGUUGGCACCUCGCUGCAGCCAUUGGUGUUGGAACAUGCAAUAAGCUACUUGAGUAGAUCAAGAAUUCCAAAACCGCUAUGGAAGUUCUCUAUUCUUGGAACAGUGAAACCAAAAUUGGU